AGCCGCAGGAUGAAGCGCGGCGCUAUGGGGCAGACCCACAUGCUGAAGCGCGGCGCUAUGGGGCAGAGCCACAGGACAAAACCCAGCGCUAUGGGGCAGAGCCACAGGACAAAACCCAGCGCUAUGGGGCAGACCUGCAGGACGAAGCGCGGCGCUAUGGGGCAGAGCCACAUGCUGAAGCGCGGCGCUAUGGGGCAGAGCCACAUGCUGAAGCGCGGCGCUAUGGGGCAGCCCUCCGCAGCGAAUGGCGGCAGUUUGGGGACAUCCUGCAGGGCUCCUUUUGGGACACUUACGCCAACCUGACCCAGAAGACUCUGCUGCUGCUGGGCUGGGCCGCCCUCUUCUGCCCCGCGGCUCAAUUCGUGCUCAAAGCCGACGACGAUUCCUUCAUCCACACCCCCGCCCUCCUGGCCCACCUGCAGAGCCCCCCGUCCCCCCUUUAUUACAUGGGCCGGGUCCAUUACGGGGUCGCCCCGAACCGGGACCCCCGCAGCCGCCACCACGUCCCGGUGGGGCUGUACCCCCUGCCCUCCUUCCCCCCCUACUGCAGCGGCAGCGCCUACGUGCUGUCCAUGGCGGCGCUGCGGGGGGUCCUUAGGGUGGCCCCCUCCGUUCCUAAGGUGAGCCCGGAAGACGUUUUUAUAGGGCUGUGCGCCCACCGCGCCGGGAUCCCCCCCACCCACGUGGAAAGGAUGGGGGGGGGGGCCCGGUUCCCCGAGGAUGGGUGCUGCUUCGGGGAGGUGCUGCUGAGCGCCCACCGAAUGGGGCCGGAUGGGAUGAGGAGGGCGUGGGGUCACGUUGUGGGG